AUGAUAUGGGUCAAUUCAAUUCAAUUGGCAACUGGUCUCAUACAGAUCAUUUUUGGUUGGAUAAAUCAAUUUAUCGAUUAAUUGUUACACUUCUAAUAUGAAGUAUAUCAUAGUAUACCAGGUAUGUAGUGAUGGAAGUAUGCUAACUGAUUACACCUUCAGAGUAAAUUGGAAUAUUUUAAGUUUACAAUGAACAGAUAGUACAUAAAAAGUGAACUUCAAGUAACCUAUACUACCUCACUUUUUAGUAUAGACUAAGUAGCCUAUACUCCUACACUUAAAAUAUUCUACUUUUUGCUCAAGUAUUGCACUUACAAGAAACCUGAUUGUUUAACUAACAUUUUAAAGGUAUAAAGUCAAGCAGUGAAGUUUUAAAACUAAAAAUCUCAGUAAAAUAAACGAGUCUUUUAACCAAACCUUUUUUGUUUGUUUUGUUUGUUUUGUUUCUGCGUACCUGACACCUGUCUGGUGACUCGGAUGUUUUCAGGAUGACUCGAUUCUAUCGUGUGAAAAAAAAAACUGAGUUUGUGCGCAUGCUCAGUUUUGAGACUCCCUGAUCUCAUGAAUAUUUAAGCGUGUUUGGUGGCCGGCGCGGUGUGAUUGGCGCCCGUGGCUCGGUUUCCUGUGUUGUGUUUCACUUGUAGGAGAGCGUCAGCUGCAGUGUGCGGAGGGAUCGGAUGAGCGCAGGACUCGGAGACCCGGCGAUGGACGGAAGACGCCGCUGAAGAGUCGCGUCCAUGCGCUCCGGUUCUGACAGGGAUUACUGCUGCGGACACAUCUCACACCAAACUUUCCAUCUUUAUAAACACCUUCACGUCUGAAUCUUAGCGACAGGAGACGACCAAUCGGGAAGGAUGGGAAGCCGGGGGCACUUCCGGUACCACUGGCAGAGUCACAAUGUCAAACUCACCGGCGUGGACGACAUGGUGCUCCUCAGCAAGAUCAACGAGGACGCCAUUGUGGAAAACCUCAAGAAAAGAUAUAUGGAUGACUACAUCUUUACGUACAUUGGUCCUGUGCUCAUUUCUGUCAAUCCCUUCAAGCAGAUGCCAUACUUUGGAGAUAAAGAGAUCGAGAUGUAUCAGGGCGCGGCCCAGUAUGAGAACCCUCCUCACAUCUACGCUCUGGCAGAUAACAUGUACAGAAACAUGAUGAUUGACAGGGAAAACCAAUGUGUCAUUAUCAGUGGAGAGAGUGGUGCCGGGAAGACCGUGGCUGCCAAAUAUAUCAUGGGCUACAUCUCCAGGGUGUCAGGAGGCGGGCCCAAAGUCCAGCACGUCAAAGACAUCAUUCUGCAGUCCAACCCACUGCUAGAAGCUUUUGGAAACGCCAAGACUCUAAGGAACAACAACUCCAGCAGAUUUGGGAAAUAUUUUGAAAUCCAGUUCAGUUCCGGUGGAGAACCAGAUGGUGGGAAGAUCUCCAACUUCCUGCUAGAGAAGUCUCGCGUCGUCAUGAGAAAUCCUGGAGAAAGAAGUUUUCACAUAUUCUAUCAGUUGAUAGAAGGAGCCAGUGCGGAGCAGAAGAACAGCCUGGGAAUCACCAGCAUGGAUUACUACACUUACCUCAAUCAGUCUGGGUCCUACAAAGUGGACGACAUUAACGACAAGAGUGACUUUCAGGAGACAAUGCAUGCCAUGGGUGUGAUCGGCAUUGCACCAGCAGAUCAGUCCAUGGUGCUUCAGAUUGUAGCCGGAGUUCUUCAUCUGGGAAAUAUCACGUUUAAAGAGUCGGGGAACUAUGCAGCUGUGGAGAGUGAAGAGUUUUUAGCAUUUCCUGCCUUUCUGCUUGGAAUCGACCAGAAUCGUCUGAAGGAGAAGAUCACAAGCAGGAAGAUGGACAGUAAAUGGGGAAGCACCAAGGAAUCCAUCGACGUGACCCUGAACGUGGAGCAGGCGUGUUACACCCGAGACGCGCUCUCCAAAGCCCUGCACGCGCGUGUGUUUGACUACCUUGUCGAGUCCAUUAAUAGAGCCAUGGUGAAAGAUCAUCAGGAGUUGAACAUCGGAGUGCUGGACAUCUAUGGCUUUGAAAUUUUCCAAAAAAAUGGAUUCGAACAAUUCUGCAUCAAUUUUGUGAAUGAGAAGCUUCAGCAGAUCUUCAUUGAGCUGACUCUAAAGGCAGAGCAGGAGGAGUAUGUGCAGGAGGGCAUCAAGUGGACCCCUAUCGACUAUUUUAACAACAAGAUCGUGUGUGAUCUCAUUGAGAGCAAAAAUCCUCCAGGUGUGAUGUGCAUCCUGGAUGACGUGUGUGCCACCAUGCAUGCAGUAGGAGAGGGAGCUGACCAAACCAUGCUGCAGAAGCUCAGAGUCCAGAUCAACACACAUGAGCACUUCAACAGCUGGAACCAGGGCUUCAUCAUCCAUCACUAUGCUGGCAAGGUGUCUUACGACGCCGAAGGCUUCUGUGAGAGAAACAGAGACGUCCUCUUUACUGACCUCAUCGAGCUGAUGCAGAGCAGCGAGACUCCCUUCAUCAGAGCGCUGUUUCCAGAAAACCUCAAUGCCGACAAGAAGGGUCGACCCACAACGGCAGGCAGCAAAAUAAAGAAACAAGCAAAUGAUCUAGUGAGCACACUGAUGAAAUGCACUCCUCACUACAUCCGCUGCAUCAAACCAAAUGAGACCAAGAGGCCCAAAGACUGGGAAGAGAGCCGAGUCAAACAUCAGGUGGAGUAUCUUGGCCUAAAGGAAAACAUCAGGGUGAGGCGUGCUGGCUACGCCUACCGUAGAGUCUUUCGCAAGUUCCUCAACAGGUAUGCUAUUCUGACCAAAGAAUCCUGGCCGACGUGGCGAGGAGACGAGAAAGAAGGCGUCCGACAUCUCCUAAACUCUGUCAAAAUGGACCACGAUCAGUUCCAGCUGGGUCGCACCAAGAUCUUCAUCAAAGCCCCUGAAUCGCUCUUCCUGCUGGAGGAGACGAGAGACCGUAAGUUUGACGGCUAUGCUCGGACCAUCCAGAAAGCCUGGAGGAAACACGUGGCGCGCAAGAAGUAUGUUCAGAUGCGAGAAGAAGCCUCUGAUCUGCUGCUGAACCGUAAAGAGAGACGAAGACACAGCCUGAACAGAAACUUUGUAGGUGACUAUCUCGGCAUGGACGACAGACCCGAGCUUCGACAGUUUCUGGCCAAGAGAGAAAAAAUCGAUUUUGCCGACAAAGUCACAAAAUAUGACCGGCGAUUCAAGGGAAUUAAGAGAGAUAUGAUCCUGACCCCUAAAUCUGUAUACUUGAUCGGAAGAGAAAAGGUGAAGCAGGGACCGGAGAAAGGCCAAGUGAUGGAGGUCCUAAAGAGGCAGAUUGACGUGGAAAAGAUCUUAGCUGUGUCUCUCAGCACAAUGCAGGAUGACUUCAUGAUACUGCACGAGCAGGAGUACGACAGCCUGCUGGAGUGCGUCUUUAAGACGGAGUUCAUCAGCUUGCUAUCCAAGAGGUUUGAGGAGAAAACUCAGAGGAAGCUGCCACUCAAGUUUAGCAACACACUGGAGAUGAAACUGAAGAAGGAGAACUGGGGCUUCUUGAGUGGGGGCAGCUCCAGACAGGUGUCGUUCAUACAGGGUCAGGGAGAUAUCCCUGAACUGAAGCCUACGAGCAAAUCGCUGCAGGUCAGCAUCGGACCUGGGCUUCCCAAAAAUACACGUCCAACCAGGAAAAGCUUCACUCAGAGUCGCUCCGGUGCUUCCAGAACCAACCAUCACAUGCCGUCACGAUCCGCUCCAGGACCUCCAGUAUCUCAUCAAAACGGCGGUCUGAAAAACACCAACCAUCUCGCCAACCAAAGGAACUCGCACCAUCACAACCAGAGACACCCGUCAUCCAGCAGCUCACGCCCAGUGCUGCCCAGCAACGCCAACCAGCUGCGGGAGCGAAGCAGCAGCCGGCCGCAGCCGAACCUGGACUGCCUGAGGGUUCCUGAUCAAGGAGCUGCAGGUUCUGGAGGCAGACGGCCAGAUGCAAACGGAGAAAUGGCACACAGACCAUCAGCCAGCAGGCCCGCACCUGGAGGGGGAAGACCUAAACCCGCGCCCAAGCCCAAACCACAGGUGCCUCAAUGCAAAGCCCUGUACGCCUACGACGCUCAAGACACGGACGAGCUCAGCUUCAACGCCAAUGACGUCAUCGAGAUCAUCAGAGAAGAUGCAUCCGGAUGGUGGAUGGGGCGGCUCCGCGGAAAGCAGGGACUUUUCCCCAGCAACUACGUCACCAAAAUCUAGGAGCUGCUGGUUGACAGUAGAAGGCAGUGGAGCCUGCUGACCCUCAGAGGACGGCACGGCGCCCACCGACAGAGAGCGCAGCACCGACAGACCCUUCCACCACUACUGCCUUACCGUCAACGAAUGUAACGCUCAGCUUUACCAGCAGACUGUCAGGCAUGAACGCGGCUCUGUUCCGAAAAUGAAGACUCUCUGACUCCCGGGUCUGUCCUCUGCAGUCCCUCUGAGUACUGAACAAAACUAUUUAUUGUAUUUAUAGCUUUGUUGUAUUUUUUCCAUCUGUCGUUCAUAUCUCAUUGAGGAUACUUGCCUAAGUGUUGGAAUGAAGUUUGCUGAAUCUCUGGGACCAGGCUGUGAUUUUUACUUUCAACGUAUUCUGAGGAAGGAAGAAGACGUCAAAACCGAAGAGCUGUUUUACCAGGAAUAUUUAUUUUUAUGCAAAAACUGGCCUUCCAGGAAGACUCUGUUAAUCACAACAUGUUGAUUCACAAUCAUUAUUUUUUUAGAUACCAAAGCAAGAGUUUUCUGUUUUAAAAGCGGUCACAGGGCAUUGCAGUAAACUGGCUAAUCCUCUUUAUUUAGUUGUUUUCCUGCCACGCCAGUAAGUUUUCCGACUCACAGCUGCCGCCACGUUCACUGUAACCAGAGCGUGCCGUCUGUGGUGUAUUAGCACUUUAUUGGUACAGGUACUACCUUAGACACAGACACCAUCACUCAAUCGUGGCGCAGCCUGCAAGUCAGAUCUACGAGGGGACAGAUUGCCAUUCUUGCAAUAAGCCUUUUAAUGAGAAGAACAACUUGUUUACGUAAAAUAAAAAGAAACAGGCUUUUUUUUUUUAAAGAUCUGUAUAUGUGUUCAUAUGUAGGAAAACUCCUGUUGUUGGGUAGAAUUUAAAUUAAGUUUUUUGUAUUUUUUAUCUGAAGGAUCUUGGUCUGUUACUUUCCUCUGCUUUUGAUACUCAUACGGCCAUCUGAUGUUUAGCUGAAGAUACAUUAUCAAACAUUUAGGGUGAAUGGAUUAUUUUUUUUUUCCUCUCAAGUGUAAAUGUUUUUUUUUCUUUUUUUUGGCACUACUAAGAAUCCUCUUAGCUUUUUCUUCUGUGUUUCUGCACAUCUUUUAAACUGCUGCUGCAGUACUUAGACACUCUUUAGUUGUUCUUUUUUACUAUUACAAAGCAGAAUUAUGCUAUAGUCUGUAAAAACUGCUGGGACUCCUGAUAUAAAGCUGCAUUAUUAAAUGAAGAUUGGUCUUGGAUGGUUGAGAAGAUUUUUGUGCAAUAAUAUACACCAGUAGAAGUCUUUUAAUAAAGCAUUAAUAAAGUAUUCCAAACUCC